AUGUCGCCUAUUUUAUUCUCCCUUUUCGUGGAAGAUUUAGAACUGUUUUUACAAACAGAUGUUGAUUCUGGAUUACAAUUAGAUGAUAUUGUGCUUGUAUUACUUCUUUUUGCUGAUGAUAUGGUUGUGUUAGCUAAAUCUCCUGAAGAGUUGCAAAAAAAUUUAAACCUCUUACAUGAAUAUUGCACCAUCGAUAGAAACCCGGCUUCUGGAUAUAUCAGACUGGGACACUACACGGAAAUAGUGGGAGAUAUUGGCCCUAUAGAUAUGCUUGUGAACAAUGCAGCGGUUGUUAAACAUACACCAUUCUUAGAUGUUACAAAGGAAGAAUUAGACGAACAACACAAUAUAAACUUUCGAGCAGCUUUUAAUAUAACUCAGAUUCGUGUGAACAGCGUAAACCCUACAAUUGUCAUGACUGCGAUGGGGAAGAAGGGCUGGAGUGAUCCGGAACUGAAAGCUGCUGCCCUUGCCAAAAUACCAGUUGGGCGUUUCGCAG